AUGGAGAGGCCAAGCAAGCUGCAAAGAUUGCAUUCCUUGCGAAGGGCUACACCUUUCUGCUCGAAAAGUGCCUUGCAUGGUAUCUUGAAAGAUAUCUCCCAGCAUGGUGUUCCCGAGAUGUCGGGCCCAAAAGAGAUGAGGGAAGCCACGAGGUCGUUCUUGUCCAGAUACAAUACUUACGGGCCUUUGUUUGUGGAACACGAAGCAAAGACCACUGAAGGUGGCCUUGCGACUUUCAUGCUGCUUAAUGUGUUCAGCUUGCUCGAGGGUGUUUGUCGGCAAGGAGGUGCUUUCUACACUUUGCUCAAGAGAUGUGCAGAAGGUGAAGAUUCCUGGUCUCGGCUCGUGCAACAGAAGCAAAGGUGUGCAGCCAAAGACUUUAAUCUUUGGCAGCAAGCCACCGGCUGGACAUUCAGUCCAGAGUGCAUCUUCUCAGAGCCCUUGCUGAGGAAUGUCAUCCGACCGGUGGCAAUGUUCGUGCAUGAUUGGAUGCAUUGCUGCCUCAGUAAUGGCACGCUGAACGAGGCAACCUGGCGCCUCCUGAAAACCAUCCAGGGACAGGAUUUCAGUGCGGUGUUUGGUGACCUGGAGAAGUUCGUGGACCUGUGGACUUUGCCUGCUUCAAUUGCCCAAAUCAAACUGGGGCAGAUAAAGUCGUGUAAAGACGCCGACAAAUUCAAGACAACAGCAAGUGAGAUGCUGACCUUGAACCCAGUGCUGGCCUACUUUGUUCGGACAUGCAUCCUUGCCCAUGGCUUCUUAGAACCGCAAUGCCGAGCAUUCCUCCAGAUGAGUCACAUGGUAGAGUUGCUUCAGGCAGCUUGUCAUGGACAUGCCGAACAUGUUAGCCCAUUGCAGUUGACACAAGCAGCCGAUGAAUGUAUGAGGUCAUGGUUUGCAGCAGACUGGGAGAAACACGUGAACAGGAAGAUGCACUGGCUCAGAAACAUCAGAGGCUACCUGCAACCUUCAGCAUGGAAAGAAAGCACAAAACCAUUACAAGGUAUGCUGGCAGCAUAA